AAGGAUGUCAGCAUGUCAAGCCACAUAGUUGAAUAAAAAAUAUUUCAUCUUUUUUUUAAUUACUUUUUUUAUUCAAUGUAUUUUAAGAACUUUAUUCACAAAAAAAAAUAUAUUUUAACAAAUUUUAUUUAUAAAAAAGAUCACUUUUUUGAACUUCCUUUUUUUCUUGUGUUCUAUUUUAUUCAGACAAAGUUGAGUACUUUAGAGCACUGAGACAGGUAAGUACUUCUGUCAUACUCAAAACAAAAUUAAAUUUAAGUGAAUCAAAAAAGUAAAUAUGAGUGGAACUUAUUUGAAUUUUAUUCCAUCUCGCGUAUUCGUAACAAUUAUAUUUCAUUUUUAAUCUGAUUCAAAGAAUAGAAAAUUGAUCCGAUUUAUUUAAUUAGAAAAAAGAAAAUUUAACAGAAACAUUGUUAAAAUGAUAGGAUUAUGAUUAAUAAUAUAUUUCACUGCGUAUUAGAGACACAUUUAUAAAUACAUGAAAAAUACAAAUUAGGUACCGAACAAGGUAUUCUUGCCGGUUAUUACAGUUUUCAUCAACUAUCGAAAGCACCAGGAACAGCAACUUUAAUGAUAUCUCAAGUUACACAAGGUGAACCAAAGUCAUUAAGAGAAAUAGUCAAACUCCAAAGUAUAACAGGUGGUCAAGGUUUAUUAAAAUGUUUUUGUAAAGGUCAAUGUACAACUAAACGCUGCAAAUGCAAACAAUCAAAUGUUUUAUGUAAUUCACGAUGUCAUAAUUCAACAACAUGCAAAAACAAAUAA